ACAAAAGCACUGCUGAACGGACUCUUUGAAAGCACACUUAGUGGCGAUUUGCACAGUGAGCAGAGCACGAGUGGGGACAGUUGUUCUCUGUGGCUACGUGGGCGCAGCCAUUCCUGUUUUCACGGGGACCAUCCUAUGUGCCUACAUGCUGUGCAGAAGACUGCUUGCUGUGUGGGUACUGUACGUGAUUACCUCCAGGCUCGCAACCGUUGUGUGACUGUACCCUAACUGUACUCAGUCUUUUCUUGUAAAACUGUGCGUAAGAAGGCAGUGUAGUGUCGACUGUUGGUAGUUUUAACGCGUGGUGGGGCGAGAGGAGGUCCUACCGCCUGGUUAGUGCAGCGCCUGGAACAAAGAACCACGCCGUUCUGUUCACGGCGAGGCCCGCGUUGUUGUCUGUUUGCAUUUGGAUCAAAAAGUAGACCGGGACUUUGUGAGUGGAAUACAAAUCGCGCACGACUCAACCCUGUGCUGCUGGGACUACCACACUACGUACAAAACGUUUCACACAAGAUCUUUUGCAGUAAGGGGUGAGAAGCCGGGCGAGAGGGUGCAGGCUCCUCCUGCUGAGCUCGAUGUGGGGGCCGGUGCAGCUCGGGAGUUCCUGAGGGAAGAUGGCAGCAGUACUCGGGACCCAGGAACACGGCUUGUACGAUAGCGGAGACGAGUGGGAAGUCGGGGUCGGCGACCUCAUCAUCGAUUUGGACGCAGAUUUGGAAAAAGAUCGUCAGCGAGCUGAGGAGGAGAAAAUUAUGGUCCCACCUUCUCCUCAAAAGGUGGCCAACAACAAAAGUCCAGCUGCAGGGAAGGACCUCAAAAUGAAGGUGAAACGCAGCAAGGGCGUCAAUGGGGCAAAAACAUACAGUAUAAGUGAUCUAAAUAUUGGGAAGAAAGAUGGAGACGCUCAGUACGAUUUCGAUGGGGCCGGUUCAAGUUAUUUCACACCUUCGAGUAAAACUGGAAAGGGCUCAUUGAGCGAGGAGAAAUCAGGAAAAUCCAACAAAGGGGGCAGUCAUCACAAAAGUAAAACCUCAGACAAAGGUAGCAGUAGUAGUGGUAGUAGCAAAGGAUCAUCUUCAAGUGGAGGAUCCAAUUCACACCAGGGGAGUUCGGAUGUAGGUGGAGGUUCGGGUUGUGGCAGCGGCAACAGUGGAAACGAUGGCCAGGAUGGUAACGACAAAAACAGAAAAAAGGACGACAAGCCCUCGUCUUCCAAGGGGAAAAGUUCCACGUCUGAGAGAAGCGAGAAGAAAAAGGAUAAUGACAAGUCGGGUGAAUCUGGAUCUAGUGCCAAGACAAAGGGCAAGAAGAACAAGGCAGAGAAAGCAGAAAAGCAGUCUGGCUCCUCCAGCCACAGUGCUAAGGCGUCAGGUGCCCAGGUAAUGCCCCCGCCGUCACUGCUCGCGGUACAUGCACCAACCCCAGCGCCGUCCGUACGCCACAUCGGAGUCAACACGUCCGAAGUCGGGGUGGUUACGGAACCUGAGUGUCUGGGACCAUGUGAGCCGGGAACCAGUGUCAACCUGGAGGGGAUCGUGUGGCACGAGACAGAAGGAGGUGUUCUGGUGGUGAACGUUACCUGGCGGAACAAGACGUAUGUGGGAACCCUGCUGGACUGCACCAGGCAUGACUGGGCUCCACCCAGGUUCAGUGACUCCCCUACCAGCGACCUAGAAGUCAGGACCCCCAAGGGUAGAGGCAAGCGAGCAAGGUCAACAACAAACACUCCCCAGGACGACCCAACCUAUCAGGGUCCACCAGAUGCACGAAAGCUGCGCAGCAACGGGAAACCUGGCCGUAAAGCCGGGCAUGGGCGCAGGACACCCACCAGUGGUGGUAGGGGGGAGGACUUCAACUCUGGCACUGGGGGGAAACGGAAGGGGAAGCCGCCUACCGACUUGGACUUGAACUCCAGUUCGGAAGAUGUGAAGCCCAGCAAGAGGAUACGUACAAACUCGCGCGGCACCCCCACCACUCCCCAGGGGGACGGGUCCAUGCCAGCCUUGAUAGAGUGUCCGCAUGCGAACUGUAACAAGAAGUACAAACAUAUCAAUGGACUGAGGUACCACCAGGCCCAUGCACAUCUGGAGGACGAGGAAACAAAAGAGGAAGGAAAGGAGGAGGACGGUGUUGAACACUGCAGUGCUGCUCCCAACACCUCCAUGAAAGAGGAGAAACUGUUGACUUCUUGUGCAGAAAAACUUCAAUCAGACCUUGGCAUACAGAACUUUGCUGUCUUUGGCAAUUCACAAGACACUAACAGUAAAAAGCCCAUAGACAGUCUGGAGGCGUUAGACUCCCUCCAGAGAAGAGAACACGAAAGCCUACAAAAGAAGGAUGUUGAUCUGAAGAAGGUCAAAGCAGAGGCAAUAAGUGAGUACGACUUCCCGGAAUGUCCAUCCCCGACCAUGCAGAAACCAGCCAUUCAGGUCAAGUGUGCAAAGAGCAAGCAUGACUUUUCACCAAGGAAAACACCCAAAAGUCCUGGUCGUGGGAAUAAUCCUGCUCAUGGUGUGUUUGGAAUAAAGAAGGAGCCUGUCAUGGUCACCCAAGCAGGCACAUGGCAGCCUCCUGUGUCCAUGCCACCCCACACUGCAGUUUCAAGUCUGUCAACGGGAGUUGCAACCAAGGCCUCUCAUGGACUUGAGGCUCCUGCAGAUGUGGCAGGUGGUGCACCUGACUCUGCCCUUGCCACACCUGCCAUUGGCAUGUUACACAUGUCCCCAGCUGGUGUCAGUCAGCAGACGUCUGUUAUUCAGAGCACAGGCUCUCACCUGGACAGAAAUAUGCCGCUCUCUGACAGACCCAAGAGUUUGGAGACUGGGAAGAAGUCCAGCCAUGCCAGCGGCAGUGCUAAGGGGGAGAAAUCAUCCAAGUCAAAGACAGCUCGUCCUAUAGCGCCCGCUCCGCCGGUGCCACAGCUGAUCGCCAUUCCUGCCACGUUCUCGUCUGCGAGCGUUGUCGCCCCGCCCGGAAUGCAGGCCAUUUCCACUAUGGCACAAACCACACCUAAGAGCCCAACAACCUCAGCCUUGAAACCUAUCCAGCCCAAGCCAACCAUCAUGGGAGAACCAACCCCCCAGAGUAUCUCCAUUCCUAGUUUUAAAGAGAAGAAACAUAAACAGAAGAGGAAGAUUAAGGAAGGGGACAAGGAAAAAGGUGCUAAAGACGAGAAGAGCAAAAAAGAAUCAAAGGGACCAAGAGCAGAGGAAAAGUCUGAAUCCAGUUCCACUAAAGAUGGCGCAGCUAAACUUCUGGGGGAUGGAAACACUAGCAAACAUGUUACGGACACACAGCUGGGUGCAGGCCAUCAUAUAUCUAAUGGGAUUGACUUACAAAGUGCUGAAGGGAAAGGUUCCUCUCUCCUGGCAACUGCUAAAGAUCUGGAUAGCCCAAACAGCAGUUUGUAUUCUGAACCUGGGAACGUGCUUGGCUUGAAGCCGCUACAUGUCAUCACCUCAGGCAUCCAGUCUGCAGCAGCAGAUGACAAACAGUCGGCCAGCAGCCCUGCCUACUCGGACAUCUCUGACGAUGGGAACGAGCAGGCCGAGGGCAGGACGGUGGAGUCCAAGCACAGAGGGAAGGCUGCAGCGUCUCAGGAACCUGCAGGAUCACCGGCAGCCGCCUCGCCGCUGGGGAGCCAGGCACUGGGAAAGCAGGAGCCUGGGUCUCGUUUUCAGUCCCACUACGCUUCCAUACAGACUCCCUUCACUGCCACCAGCACCACACUGACUCAGGGGAAGGAGAUCAAACAGGAGCCCGAGGACACGGACAGGCUGGGGAGCGACGAGAAACCCGAGACAGACUCGAGAGGAGAGCCACAGGCGAAGAAACCGCGCACCAGCCAGACUCCAUCUCAGGAAUCGUCGCCUCAUGUGCAGGAUUCACAGCAAAGGACCAGCCAGCAGCAGCAAGCUGCCUACGCACAAUAUCAGCAUCAACAGUACCAGUACCUCGCCUACCACGGCUACAGGAUAGACCCAGCAUAUCACAACUACUUAAUGGCAGCCGACCCGCAGUACAGGCAGCAGUACGAACAGUACUACAUACAGGAGCAGACCAGGUUAAGAGCUGAGCAGGAGCAAAGAAUGAAGGAUCCAGAAAAGGGGGACAAGCCCAGAGAAUCAAACUCCCAUGGCGAACAUAGCAAGAAGGAGGACAGAGACAGCAAAGAGCAGGAGCACACCGACUCCAAACCCCCACAGUUGGAGCCCAUUAAGGACAGGACUAAAGAAGAGGCAUCUCGGAGUGAGAAGGCCUCGCCGAUUCAUAAAACCAUGACGUACCCUUCCCAGCCGCCUCCCCUGAAAAGAGCAGACGACGCUGACAGCCUGAAGGCCAAGCAGAGUGAGAACCACCAAAUCCUGAAGGAAAAUAUUGAGCUGAAAACCCAGCUCGAGUCGACAACUCCGAGGCACCAACAACAACAAGGUGCUGCAGGCACAGGGAAUAACUUUGACCCCAGACUGUUGUACAAGCAGCAGGAGGAGAUGAGGCAGUACUACCUGAUCCAGCAGAAACUCAUGGAGGAGCGAAGGACGGAGGAGGAACACCGCCGGCAUGGGCACGCCGCUGACAAGGCACCACAUGCCCACGUGUCUGAUAAAAGCUCACAUGGGCAUACCUCUGACAAGGGCCAUCAUGACCAAGGGUCUGACAAGGCCUCUCAUAGUCACAGUUCAGAUAAGGCCUCUCAUAGUCACAGUUCAGAGAAGGCCUCUCAUAGUCACAGUUCAGAGAAGGCCUCUCAUAGUCACAGUUCAGAGAAGGCGUCUCAUAGUCACAGUUCAGGAAAGACCUUGCAUGGACACAGUUCAGACAAGGUCUCGCAUGGACACAGUUCAGACAAGGUCUCGCAUGGACACAGUUCAGAAAAGUCCUCUCAUGGUCAUCAUACUGACAGGCCUAGACCGGACAGUAGGGAAGGGGACCCAAAACUUCAGCGAGACAGACCUAAGAAAGAUGUGGAGACAGAAAGAAGACCUUCUGAUGACAAACAUCGCAGUGAAAAACAUCACCACAAGGAGGCUGCUGCCGGGUCAAGUUUGAGUUCAAAACCAAACAGCAGGACUCAAAGCCCUGCUCCCCGCAGAGACAGCCCCGUGGCUGGGUCUUCUGCAGAAAACUCAAAGGACUCCAAGGAACAUUCCAGGGAACCAACAGACUCAAAAGACAGAAGCAGACCUCCCAGUCAAGAACGAGCCAAGGACAGAGGUUCCCCUAUGGACAGAUCCUCUCCCAGACAUGUACCUUAUCAGUACAUGCAACAGUACAGUCCUUACAUGCACCCGUAUGCUGCUAUGCACCUGGACCCGGCGGCCUACAGAGGAAUGUACCCCAUAGGCUAUGCAGGUGCUCCGUAUGUCCAUCCACAGUUCCGGUACCAAGGAGACCCGGCAGGUUCACCACAACAAGUCCUCGGCUCGUCAUACAAAGGUCAGUCUAGUAGUCCACACGAUCGUCCUUCUGCCAUUUCACCAGCUUCGAGUACAGGCAAAUCUGAGCAUAAUGGGGGGCCCUUCCCUCCCCCCGCCAAACCGGCUCAUGACACACCGGGGAAGAGCGGGAAGCCAGCCACACCGACGUCCUCCCGACCGGGGUCUGCUCAGGGCAAGCCGGCCGCAGGGUCAGCGGAGAAGACGAGUGCGGAGGUGGCCCAGCUGCAUCACGUGCACACCCACCACCACACACACGUUGGGGUGGGGUUUCCUGCAGUAGGGCAGUACGAUCCAUACAAUGUCGGGGUGUUGGGACAGUCAGGACCUGGAGUAGGACUUCCAUCUGCAAUGAGCCCUUAUCAACCCAGAAGGGAGUGACAAAGCUGACCUGACUGUGGACACCUGCUCCAGAGAUAACCAUUGUAAGGAUGGACAUGGAUUAGGGGACAUGGAUAUCUGUAGGAAAGACUGAAUGGUCCGCCAGGGCAAUGGAUUUCCUUUUCAUAAGCUGUUCUAAUAGAUGUGGAGCAGAUGUGCUUACAGACUGAACUGACCACAAGGAGUGGACCAGGCUAGAGUAAUUCCUGCACAGUUGAAGAGUUACAUGCAGUUUCACAAUCAAAGACAAACACAUGGAAUAGAGUUGUGAACAAGCACUAUAAAUUCUAUGUUGUGGGAUGAGUUGGAUUCAGUGAAUGUACGUUUUAGAGGUGGCCCAUUGUCAGAAGACACUCUGACAUUUCCAGUUCAGUAAAGCAACCUCAUGUUUUGCUAAUCCUUGACAUUUAUAAGAAAAAAAGACUUUAAUGCAGCAACUACUGGUAUCAAUGUUUGUGGCAAUGGCCGAGAGCUGUGAUAUAUUGGUAAUAUGCCACAUACUAGGGUUGAAGAAAAGUAGAUUGCCUAAGGUGGUUUUAGAUUCAGGACAAGAUUAGACAAGCCUCAGAGUUCCUCCUCUAGACAGGGCAGCUGUUGCCUUUAGACAACGUUCUGUAAUUUGUAUUCAGGGAGAAAAGUAGAUGUCAAACGUACCCAGCUGAUGUGGUUCCUCUUACAUUUUGUGUGCUCCAAGACAUUGCCUUAGGCCAUAUUACUUACUUAAAUGACAAAUGGAAAACUGUUGUUAGAAAAGGAAAAGCAACAGUGUGUUCUUAAAUACCUUGCCAAGGGUCUAGUUGUAUGCUAUGACAAUGAUUGUAAUAUUGGAACAAAGAGGAUAGAAGUACAUAGUAGUUCUACACUAUCCAUGACUGUCCUUCCAUCUGGAAGGCUGACAGACAACUGCCAGCUCUAUCAGUUACUUCUAACUCUAUUUGCCAUGUCUCGUGAUGGGUUGUGUAAGAUAGGUGUGUAAUGCUUGUACAUUGUGGCAGUGGGCCAGCUUAGAGCAGAUGUACAUAUAAGUGCAGAGACGGACAAAAGUACAAAUUUUGCAAAGAAAAUGUGUGUUACUUAGAUUCUCGCUGUAAUGUACAGGGAUUUUUGUACAGAGAAAAAGCAAAGCAUUGCCACGUGCAAUAACCAUAUAGCAAUAACCCUAUUUUCUAAAAUGCAAUUUUCCCUUGUUCAGCAUGUUAUUGCAAGCAGAUGUAUGACUCCUUUUGCAGCUCAGUAUCGUUGGUUCCAGUUUUUUUCUUGUCACUUAAUAUCUCCAGGAUUACGUUAACUUCCAGGUUUGUUUCUUUGUACUAUUAAGGCGAAGAUGUCAAUAAAGUUUGUUUUGUAGGAA